AUGACAACGACGACGGCAAAGUUUCUCACUUCUGGCUGUGCAGUAUUUGUAGUAUUCUUCAUUCUUCGAAGUUUAAGGGACAAAGGUGAUCAUGAUAAAUCGUUUAUUUCGUACAUCGAUUAUCGAAUAAAAUGGAUUUGCGAUCGAGUUUUAAAGUUUCUUGGGCUGAUAGAUCAGGAACAUCUUUUCUACAACCUAAUUAACGCAAAUAAUCGAUAUUUUGAGGAUAAGCUGCUCAACUUUCUCAUAUUAGACUUGUUCGAAGUGACAGAGCUAGAAAAGAAGUUAAUUUUCUUCUAUAAAACUUAUGUUAGUGAAGUAUAUCAAGAGGAGGUUCCAGUAUGGGAGGAAAGAAAAGUGGAGAAACGCAAGAUAAAAGAUAAAAGAAAGAAAAAAAAAGGUAAAGCUAAAGUUAACAAAAUGGAUAUCAGUUCAAUUGCUAGUCGCACGACAACUAGCACGCAUACAUCCAGUAUACCAGAAUCCAGCGAAGAGGAUGAAGAGGAAGAUGACAAAAAACAGAAUGGCGAUUUUCCUAAAAAAAAGGAAGAUUUAAAAAGCGCUUCUACUGACAGUUCUGUUAUUGUACCACUGCCUGGAGAAGAAGAUAAAUACGUUUUAACUAAGAAAAUGGUAGAAAAAGUCCACCAGGUACCAGUGCUUCACAUGAUAUGCGGCCAAAUAGAUGAUAGUAGAACCGACCUGCAAGACAUCACAUUCUUCUAUUUUAUGCGCACCAGCGACGAAAGUAUACCUUCUUUUGAUACUUAUGAAGAGUGCCUUAAUGAGAUCACGAAUUAUGUGGUGGUCGGCUCGCUUGACAGGAAAUUCUUGUCCUCUUUGAAUAGAAUAUUAGUCAAUGUAUUUAAACCAUUGGUGAAAAAUCAAUUCGGAGCGCUGGAUAUUCACGAGCAAACGAAAUACGUAGACGAUGAAAAACGGGAGAACAUAGAUGAAGAAGCGAAAUCAAUGUUGAGAAGACCAGCCCCUUUCGUGACAGCGUCAAAUAUAGUCCAAAAUUUAGACGCAAACAGAAAAGCAGAUGACGAAGAAACCACAACUUCUACGACCUUGCAGGACCAGGUUUUAAAGAGUGGGAACCUAAAGUCAAGUUUGAAAGAACUCGAUGGAAAAUCCGAACAGUCCAUUUUAGAGUCUAGCAAAUCAGGUCAUUCGAAGGAAAUAAAGAAAGAGGCAGUCGAACAGUUCAAAAGAAACAUUUUAGAUUAUCUUGAUAAUUUAAUUGAGAAAACGGAAUGGACGUUGGAACAUAUCGAAGGCGAUAUCUUGCUAACGAUGCCGCAGAUUUCAGAGCUAAACGAUCCUGCGAUAACAGAUGAUAUGUUAGUAAAGAAUAAGGAUAUUAUUGAACAGAUGGAAGAAGUAGUUAUGUCAUGGCAGAAACAUAUCCAGAAGAUAAUGGAGUCAUACGAGAACAAGAUACUUCCGGAAAAGGGACCAAUAGCGGUGCAUCAAUAUUGGCAGAUCUACGAAACUGGAUUAACAAUGUUGGUUGAACAGUUAAAAAUGCCCAUCGUUAAGAGGAUUCUUGCUCUUCUGGAACAAGCAGUCUCGCCGGUCGCCUCCAGCUUUCACCACUUUCAGUCUGAACUCUGGAAGCAUUAUGUUAAAGCUAGGGACACAAAUAAAUUUAUUCAAACGCUGUUAAGAUAUUUUAAGUUGAUUACCGAAUCGGAUUCGUUUAAAUCUAUAUUGGAGUGCAUCCCCUCGUUAAUGGAAGGAUUGCGAAUGCUAUGGAUAUUGUCAAGUUAUUAUUGCCAUGAAGAAAAAAUUGUGUUAUUAAUGGACCGGAUAUCGUGGCAGCUCUGCGAAAAUGUCAAACAGAAUUUAGCGAUCAUUCGACUAUUUAAAAAGCCUCUGGAAGAGAUUCUGGAAAAGACGAGUGUGGCCAGCAUGAUGCUGAAACAAUGGAAGCGAUCAUACUUGAAGACCAGAUUGGACAUCGAACUGUCGGGAAAGGGAGUUCGCUGGGAAUUUGAUCAGAAGCGUCUCUUCCAGGAGUCUGAGUACAUCGCUGAGGUAUGCAGCGACCUUCACAAGAUCGCCAGUGUCCUGCAAGACUUCUAUAAUAUCUUCGGGUCCGAUUUGAAGUCUAUCAUAAAUGAUCCGGCGCAGAUUGACACUGUGGUGAAACGAGUGGAUGCACUAAUAGUGCCAAUCGAAGAAGCUGAUUUUGACAUCUUCGAUGUAUUCAACAAGGAGAAUUGGGAAGCGUUGACCGAGUGGUUUUACGAGCAAGUGACAUUUUUGGAAGAUCAGGCCAAAUUCUAUAUCGACGAAUGUUUCUUGGUGUUGAUCAACGCCGAGAAUUCACUGGAGAUGUUGCUCAAGUUCAAGAAUAUGAAGACCCGUGCCGUUAUUCAACAGCAGUUGCUCCGGAAGUUUAAUAUUAUAAUGCGUCAGUUUAGUAAAGAGAUUAACGUCGUAGAGACCAUAUAUCAUCAUGGCAAAUGGCAUCCACCGUUAUUGACGUAUCAUCCGCCGAUGGCGGGAGCGAUCUUUUGGGUGAAGCAGUUGUUCCACAGAUUACGAAGGCCAGUUUUGAUUUUCCAGAAAGUGCACGAACUGAAGCACAGUGAGCUGAAACUGAUUGCGUUCAGCCAGUAUUUCGAUAUUGCGCAGCAGUUGAAGAAUUUCGAAGGAGUGACAUUUAACGCGUGGCUAGAUAAGGCACUGCUGAUAGUGACUACUACCUUGAAAAAGAGCGUGCUGAGGAUAGUACGAAUUGAACGAGAUCAUCCAGUCACUUUAAACUUGCUGGACGAAGAGCGAGCCACGAAAAAUCUGAUUCAUAUAGCGUCGAAAAUGAAGGUUAAGAAUGUGAGUUCUAUUCCAUCUCCAUAUGAAUCCCUACUGAAAACAGAUGGUGUGAUAUCGAGGGCCAGCGUAGAAAUCACAAGUGUCACGGGCUCUAAAAUGGAGCAAGCACUUCCGGAAGUGAAGGUCGAUGUCAGAGGAUCCUGUAAAAUUUCAUCCGUGUCCUUCGAUAAACACGACUUCGUUCGCACAAAGAUCACUUGGCCAGAAUUUAUAAGUGACGCCAUUUUGAUAGAGUGUCAGCUACGCUUUCAGAUCAAUUUUGACUGGGAGAUAUUCGAGAUCAUCAGAGAGGCAGAACUAAUGGAGCAGUUGGGUUUCGAAUUGCCUGCGACUAUCAGAGACGUUGGUAUUCAGAAGAAUCGACUACGAACGGAUAUCGACGUCACCUCGAAAAUGAUUGAUCAGUACAAUAACAUCCUAGAUAUGCUGGACAGAGAAGACAUACAAUUGCUAAAGCAGAUUCUACAGGAUGUUGAAAAGAAGAUUCAGCCUGGAGUGACGCGGUUCAAUUGGAACUCCCUGACUAUCUCGAAUUAUGCGGCCGCCUGUCACAGAACACUGAAGAGCUUAAACUCUAUUGUCGAGCAAGUCAAUCAGAUAAAGAAAGAGCUUGAUAUUCGAAUAAAAUCUGAAUUGAAAUCGUACCAUCUGUUUUCCACGAAGAAGGAAGUCGCUGAAUCAGAGGAUCUUUUGCCAUGCAAGAGUUAUUUUAUGGAGAUAAAAAAUCGACGAUCUGAACUGGUAUCGUCGAUGUUAAAGACUUAUCAGUCGAUUAGUCCGAUGCUUGUGAAACUAGAAAGUUUAGUAUUGGGUACUUCUACUGGGACAAGUCCAGCUAUGCAGCUCUUGUACAAAAAAUAUGAAAAGAAAAUCUUUGCUGCCUUUAUAAUAUGCAUGGUCAGAAAUAUGGAAGUUCUGAACAAAAUGUUGAACAACACUAAGCCAAUCUUCCAAGUAGACGUAUUAUUAAUAACAUCCGAAGUAGUAUUACGUCCAUCGCCCAACGAAAUCUUUAGUACCAUUUGCAGCGAUGUACGAGAUUUACUCGAAAGGCUGAAAGGAUUCUCCAGAUGGAUGAAUGGAUCUUGCUUACAGUGCAAACCGCAAAGAAAGGAGCACUCGCAGGAUUUAGUCACUUUCAGCUUCUUCGAAGACGUGAUGAGCAUUCGAAUAGUUAACGAACUUGUAAAAGUGAUUCACGACACAGCGUAUAGAAUCUCGACUGAAUGCUGGCGAUAUCUAUAUAAAUGGAAGAAAUACAGCAGCUUAUGGUCAUUUGACAAAAAUCUGGCUUGUGAAAAAUUUGCAUCGACGAAACCUACGCUUUUACAAUACUUCGAAAAGUUCUCGUUUUAUGAAAGCAUUCUGGAGGAACUCGAAGACAUAUCAUCGUAUUUUGACAUAAACAGUAUACGGCUCAACCUGAAACCACUUUUAUCAGGCAUCGAGUGUCAAGCGAAGGAAUGGAAACAGGUUUUAGGGAAUUAUCUUCUGUCUGAUACCGUAUUGGCUAUGGACCAACUUAAAACUCAAAUCGAUGCCUUUCGCGACGAGAUCGAACUGGUGGUCACGGGACUGGACCGUUUUGUGUCAAUCAUGCAUGCGAUCACCGAUGUGAAAAAAUCGGCGAUACUAGCCGAAGUGCAAUUUCUCUGCUAUCAAGAGUGCUUUCAAUCUAUGCGCACCUAUGGGAUUGUUUUUCCCUCAUCGGACGAAGCAAUGGCGUAUGAAUUGCAACGAGACUGGGAAUCGUUGUAUCUCACAGCGCUCUACAGAGCUUCGACUUUAGAAAGCACUAGCGAUAAAUUUUCCGAGCUUACUCAAGAAGAAAUCUAUCAAUUCUUGGUUGACACCGUGAUGUUCGCUGAAAAUUUUGAGACAUUUGGUCCUGGGAGUAUCGGGGACGACCUGGAAUUAGGACUGAAAAAAAUGAGUGAAUAUGGCAAGCUGGUUAAUAAAUAUGAGGAAAAGCGGCUGAAUCUGAUACAGUUAGAAAACUUGUUUAACUUACCGUCUGCCGAUUAUUCAACUCUCCUCAAGAUCAAAACGGAAUACGAGGGCAUGGAAUUAUUGUAUAAUCUCUACAAGGAACAGAAAAGCUCGCGAGAAGUUUGGGCGAAAACUCUAUGGGUGAACUUGAAUCCGCAGCAGCUCAUCGAGGGUAUGGAAUACUUUAUAAGGGAAUUUCGACUGCUGCCGAAAGCCAUCAAAAAUACGAAUGUUGGCUAUGCAUUGAAGACCAACAUGAAGACCUUCAAGGACUCAGUGCCGCUUUUCAUCGAGUUGAAAAACGAAGCUAUGCGCGAAAGACAUUGGCAAGAGUUGAUGAAAAGGACCGGACAGUAUUUCGAUAUGGAUCCGGACAGAUUUACUUUAGAGAAUAUGUUCGCUAUGGAACUGGGAAAGUAUCAAGAUAUUGCACAAGAUGUUGUAAUGUAUGCCGUGAAAGAACUUGCGAUAGAAAGAGGCAUAAAAGAAUUAGCAGACAUAUGGAAAUCCAUGGAAUUUAAUAUGAUGAAACAUUAUAAAGGUGUAGAAGAACGUGGCUUUAUUCUUGGACCACUUGACGAAUUGAAUCUGGUACUCGAAGAUAACAUGUUGAGCGUACACAGCAUGGCAGCCUCGCAAUUCAUCGGGCCGUUUCUCAAUGCCGUACAAAAAUGGGAACACACAAUGCAUACGAUCUCCGAAGUUCUGGAAGUGUGGGUGGAUUUUCAGCGAAAGUGGCUGUAUCUCGAGGGUAUUUUCGUGGGUGGUGACAUUCGCUUUCAGUUGCCGGACGAAACAAAAAGAUUCGAUGAUAUCGAUCAAAUUUACCGAAAAAUCAUGACUGACACGUCGAAGAAGCUCAAUGUUUUGGAAUGUUGCUUGAUUCAUGGUCGAAAGGGUGACUUUGAAACUAUGAUAACAACCCUCGAGAAGUGCCAAAAGUCUUUAACGGAAUAUUUGUGCAACAAACGCAUUAUAUUCCCAAGAUUCAAUUUCAUUAGCGACGAUGAACUGCUGAGCAUUCUCGGCAGUGGUAUUCCUACGGCAAUUCAGGAACACGUAGGAAAGAUGUUUGAUAAUCUCGAUAAAUUCAUAAUAACAUCAGACACAGAUAAACAGAAGGCUACAGCUCUUGUAUCUUGCGAAAGAGAAGUUAUGGAUUUCAGAAAUCCCGUGUCCGUGGAAGAACAGAUCGAAAUCUGGAUGGGGCUGGCUCUUGAAGAAAUGAAAAGAUCAAAUCGAUAUCUAACAAAGAAAGCGGUCUACAAUUACGGCAAGGUGCGAAGACCAAUAACUCAGUGGAUACUCGAAUUUCAAGGAAUGAUGAUUCUCGUAGCCAAUCAGAUAUGGUGGACCGCAGAAGUCGAAAAUGUUUUCGAUAAGAUAUCCCAGGGAAAUAAACGCGCUAUGAAAGAAUAUUUACAACAACUCAAUACUCAACUGGACGAAAUGGUGACAUUGAUGGGUACCAGUUCGCUUACAAAUAAUGACAGAAAGAAGAUUGAUAUGGUUUUGACCAUCAAUGUGCAUACUCGUGACAUUGUCGAGAAUUUUGUUAGAGACAGUAUUACGGAUCCUACAGAAUUCGAAUGGGAAAGCCAAUUAAGAUUUUAUUGGGUUCAUGAUCUGGACAAUGUAUGGAUGAACCAAUGCACAGGCACUUUCGAAUACGGUUACGAGUACAUGGGUCUUAAUGGUAGAUUGGUCAUUACGCCACUGACGGACCGAAUAUAUCUCACUAUUACGCAAGCUCUCUCAAUGUACUUAGGCGGUGCACCGGCGGGUCCUGCUGGAACCGGAAAAACUGAGACAGUCAAAGAUUUAGCGAAAGCUCUAGGACUCUUAUGUAUCGUAACUAAUUGCAGCGAAGGAAUGGACUAUAUCACGAUUGGAAAGACUCUGAGUGGUCUCGCUCAAUGUGGAGCAUGGGGUUGUUUCGACGAAUUUAAUCGUAUCGACAGUUCUGUUCUCUCUGUUAUUUCGACUCAGCUUCAAACUAUACGCUCGGCACUGCAAAUUAAAGCUGAAAGAUUCACGUUCGAGGAUCAAGAUAUCGUAUUGGACUCGAAGGUAGGAAUCUUCAUCACCAUGAAUCCAGGAUACGCCGGUCGCACGGAGUUACCAGAAUCUGUUAAAGCCCUCUUUAGACCAGUAGUCUGCGUAGUGCCGGAUAACGAGUUAAUCUGUCAGAUUAAGCUUUUUAGCGCCGGUUUUUUGACGGCAAAGUUGCUCGCAAAGAAGAUGACCGUUCUCUAUAAGCUGGCGAGCGAACAGCUGAGCAAACAAACACACUAUGAUUUUGGCUUGAGGUCCCUUAUAUCUGUGCUUAAUAUGGCCGGCCAGUUGAAAAGAACUUCUAAUGAUUUACCCGAAAACAUUGUGCUGAUGAUGGGUCUGAUCAGAGAUCUCUUUCCUGACUUGGAUUGUCCCAGAAUGCGCUAUCCAGAUUUUAAUGAAGCAGUUGAGGCAGUAUUAAAAGAACAUGGCUAUAUUGUUUUACCUGAGCAAGUUGAUAAAGUCAUUCAGUUAUAUGAAAUAAUGAUGACUAGGCAUUCUACAAUGAUUAUCGGUCCCACUAGCAGUGGUAAGACAGUGGUCGUCGAAACGCUCUGCAGAGCACAGACGAACCUUGGUAAACCCACAAAAUUGCACAUUUUGAAUCCUAAGGCUUGCACCAUCAUCGAGCUGUACGGAAAGCUAGAACCUGCAACACGAGAUUGGACGGAUGGUCUUUUGAGUAAUAUCUUUCGAGAAAUUAAUCGACCGCUAGAUUCCAGCAAAGAUGAACGAAGAUAUAUACUUUUCGAUGGAGAUGUUGAUGCGUUGUGGAUCGAAAACAUGAACUCGGUAAUGGAUGAUAACAAGCUAUUAACUCUGGCCAAUCAAGAGAGGAUUAAAUUGCAGAAUUAUUGCAGUCUGCUCUUUGAGGUAGGCGACUUGCAGUACGCCUCACCUGCAACGGUUUCAAGAGCGGGUAUGGUCUAUGUAGACCCAAAAAGUCUAGGCUACCAGCCGUACAUGGACAAGUGGAUACAAACUAAAAGCAAAGUCGAUCAAGAUUUUCUUCGAGGAAUGUGCGAGAAAUACGUGCAUGGCUCACUUAAGCUUAUUACCGAAGGAAUGUUAGGCUUUCAAACAGUCGAACCUCUUCGGACGAUUAUACCACAAACUGGACUCAAUAUGGUAACUCAAUUUUGCUUCGUAUUUGAUGGUUUACUGUCAAUAAAAUAUGAAUUGGCAAAACAAAAAUCAAAAAUCAAUGAAGAGUUGAUAACGAAAGAGGAGCUCUGGGAGGCAAUGUACAUUCAAGCGUGCUAUUGGUCAUUCGGCGCAUCUAUUGUAGACGAGGCGCGCUCCAAUUUUGAUGAGUACAUAAAGAAAAUAUGUGGAUUUAUGUUAGUGCAAGACACACCCGAUAAACCAGCGACCGCCAAAUGUAUACCCAUAUAUUUUCCAACUAUCUACGACUACGUACUUGAUAUCAAGGAAAAGGUUUGGAAGGCAUGGAAGUGGUUGGUACCAAUAUAUGUUCAUGACAGACAGAAGAACUUUUCGGACAUUUUAGUGCAAACAAUUGAUACUCUGCGUACUACAUGGUUCGUAAAUCUCAUGAACAAUCUACAAAGACCGGUAUUGUUGGUCGGAGAAACUGGUACCUCGAAAACGGCGAUAAUUCAUGAAUUUUUAAGGAACUUGAAUCCUGAAAAAUACGAACAGCUCUUAAUAAACUUUUCCUCAAGAACCACUUCAAUGGACGUGCAAACGAAUAUUGAAUCGGUAGUGGAGAAAAGAUCGAGAGAGGUAUUCGGAGCCCCGCCUGGAAAGAAAUUAAUAAUUUUCAUCGACGACAUGAAUAUGCCAAUCAUGGAUAUUAGUGGAACCCAACAGCCCAUCGCGUUUCUUAAACUAUUGUUUGAAAAGGGUGGCUUUUAUGAUCGUGGGCGUGAUUUGAAUUGGAAAUAUAUGAAAGAUAUUUAUUAUUUAGCAGCUAUGGGAAAACCCGGUGGUGGUAGGAACGAAGUUGAUCCGCGAUUUAUCUCAAUGUUCUCAGUUUACAACGUAACUUGUCCAACGAAUGAAACUCUGAAUUAUAUUUACACGAGUAUUUUAUCCGGACAUCUGCAGAUAUUUUCGGAGGCAAUUCAAUCUAUCACGGACAAACUUGUACAAUUGACAUUGGAACUUUACGAGAUAGUUAGGAAGGAACUACUGCCAACUCCAUCCAAGUUUCACUAUAUUUUCAAUAUGCGGGAUCUCUCAAGAAUCAUGGCUGGAUUACUUCAGACCCAUCCUAAUUUCUUUUUCGUAACCAAACAGUUUGUUAGGCUCUGGAGAAACGAGUUCACCAGAGUUAUAUGCGAUCGUCUUAUUAGCGUGCAAGAUAAAAAUUUCGUAAUCGAGCAAUUGAAUGAAAAAAUACAAAAUUAUUGGGAGCUAGAACCUGAAGUGAUUGAAUACAGUUUAAGAGACCCGAUACUUGAGCCUAGAUUUUAUGAGGAUCUGUUGGAUUAUGAAGCAGUUUACAGCUUGUUUCAAGAGAUUUUCGAAGAAUACAACGAGAGGGACAGAACUAAGCUGCACAUGGUUCUCUUCAAUGACGCGCUCGAGCAUCUGACCAGAGUGCAUCGUGCACUUCGAAUGCACUGCGGUCACGUACUGAUCAUCGGUAUGAGUGGCAGCGGCAAGAAAUCCGUGAUCAAGUUAGCAUCCUUCGCUGCCGGUUAUCAAAUCUUUCAAAUCAUUCUGCGUCGCGGAUACAAUCAAACGUUCUUCCGCGAAGACAUAAAGAAUUUGUAUAACAUGGUCGGCCUGGAAAAUAAAAAGAUUGUGUUUAUGUUCACGGCUGCCCACAUUAAGGACGAAAGCUUCCUCGAAUUGAUAAACAGCAUGUUGAUAGGUUUCAUGCCGGAUGUCUUUAAUGAUGAAGAUAAAGACACAAUUGUUUCUUCCUGCAGAGAUGCAGCGGUUAAAGAAGGCUUUGAUAUCUCAAAAGCUAAUGUUGUUAAGACAUGCACCGCGAAUUUACGAAUAGCGUUGGCAAUGAAUCCAUCGAACGAUGCUUUACGGACACGCUGUCGCGACUAUCCCGGUUUAAUCAACAAUACCACUAUAGAUUGGAUGUUCCCGUGGCCACAGCAGGCUUUGAUAGCGGUAGCGAAUGUUCUAGUCAGAAACAAUUCGAUCGUGCCGCAAGAGUACAAGGAAGUGAUCGUGAGUCACAUUGUAUACGUACAUACAUCCGUAUUGCAAUAUACAAUGGACUUUGUGACGAAAUUGAGGCGACAAAAUUAUGUCACGCCAUGGCAUUUUAUAGAUUUUAUCAAGACUUAUUUGAAUCUAUUGGUGAAGAAGAAGAACUUCAUAAAUUCGCGCUGCACGCGUCUUUCCGGAGGAUUACAGAAAAUGAUAGAAGCUUCGAUGACUUUAACGGAAUUAAAUGAAAUCUUGGCAGUGCAAAGAAUCAAAAUAGAUGAUCAAACGAGGAACUGCGAACAGUUGCUCGAGACUAUCGGUAAGAGCACAGACAUCGCGUUGGAAAAAAAGACUCUGAGUGAAGACAAGAGGAAGGAAAUUGAAGAUAAGAAGAAAAUGAUUACGAAAGAAGAAAUGGAAGCUAGGCAAGCCUUAGCGGAGGCUCAACCGAUCCUCGAUGCGGCCAAACUUGCAUUGAGUGACCUCGAUAAAGCAGAUAUUACCGAGAUAAGAUCCUUUCCCACUCCGCCCGAACCAGUGCAGAUUGUUUCGGAAUGCGUUGCGAUGCUUCGUGGCGUCAAAGACGUGUCGUGGAAAACGGCAAAAGGCAUGAUGAGCGAUCCUUAUUUCUUGAAGCACUUGCAGGAGAUGAACUGCGACUUGAUCACUCUGAAGCAACAACAAAUGGUAAGAGCGCAUUUGAAGAAGUCGGAUAAGCUGGAUCAGAUGCAAGUCAUCAGUAAAGCAGGAUACGGCUUAUACAAGUUCGUGCUUGCUGUUCUGGAUUAUUGCGCCGUUUAUAGAGAGGUGAAACCAAAGAUAGACAGAGUUCAAGAACUCGAAGCGGAGUCCGAAAAAGCCAAGCGCGCGUUAGAAAAGGAAGAACGGGAAUUAAAGCGAUUGAAGGAAAUGAUCAAAGAAUUAAACGAGAAAUAUGACGUCGCGAUGACUAAGCGACAGAGUCUUCAGGAUGAAACAGAUUUGUUAGAACGACGUCUUUCGGCUGCUGACAAACUCAUCUCCGGAUUGUCCUCCGAGAAUGAACGAUGGCAAAAGGAUCUGGAGGUUCUUCACGACGACUUGAAGAAAAUCAUAGGAAAUUGCUUGCUUGGAGCAUCCUUUCUGACUUAUAGUGGUCCUUUUUCCUACGAGUUCAGGAAUGAAAUGUACAGUGACUGGGAGAGGAGCAUCCUAGACAAGGAAUUACCUUUAUCAAUGCCCUUCAAGCUCGAAACACAACUGAGCGACGACAUCGAAAUUACCAAUUGGAACUCGGAAGGUCUUCCAUCAGACGAACUAUCCAUACAAAACGGUAUACUAACUCUGAAAGCAUCUAGAUUUCCGCUUUGUAUUGAUCCCCAACAACAAGCAUCAAAUUGGAUUAAGAAAAAAGAGAAGAAGAAUCUAAAGGUCCUCUCCUUUAUGGACGCAGAUUUCUUGAAGCAAAUUGAAUUAGCAAUUAAAUAUGGUCUACCUGUGCUCGUUCAAGAUGCCGACGAGGUUGAUCUCAUUUUGGUUAACGUCUUAAUGAAAAAUAUCCAGACUGCUGCAGGACGAACUUUCGUCAUUCUCGGCGAUAAAGAGAUAGAUUAUGAUCCGCAAUUCAGAAUGUAUUUGACAACAAAAAUGUCUAAUCCGAUGCUGGAUCCUACUUUAUACUCCAAGGCAGUUGUCAUCAAUUACAUGGUCACUACAGCAGGUUUGGAGAAUCAACUUCUAUCAGUAGUGGUGAAAACUGAAAGACCGGACAUCGAGGAACAACGUGAAACGCUGAUUUUGGAAACUAGCGAGAAUAAGAAUCUGCUGCAGAAUUUGGAAAACAGUCUUCUUCGCGAGAUUUCCGCGGAAGGUAACAUGGUGGAUAACAUCGAGCUGAUCGAGACUUUGGAAAACAUCAAGUCCAGCGCCAAUGAAGUAAUGAAGAAGCUAUUGUUCGCGAAAAUCACUUCUGCCGACAUCAACAAACUUCGCGAAAACUAUCGUCCGGUAGCGGAACGAGGCGCAAUUCUAUUCUCUGUGCUGGCCGAUAUGGCCACCAUAAAUACCAUGUAUCAAUACUCUCUGAUCAGUUACGUUGAGGUGUUCAUCCACUCGCUGAAGAGAGCGUUACCAGAUCCAGUGGUCACUAAACGACUGCAAAACAUUAUUCCAAUGUUAACGAAGAAUGUCUAUGAUUACGGCUGCACUGGUAUCUUCGCGCGGCACAAGUUGCUCUUUUCCCUGCAAACUUGCGUGAAGAUAGAACAGAACUUAGGCAACGUGAAUCAGAAGCAAUUAGAAUUCUUCAUCAAGGGCAAUGUAGUCCUAGAAAAAGUAGAAUCGAAUCCUACUAAAUGGCUGUCGUUAUCGGGUUGGGAGGAUGUUGUCAAGCUGGCGAGCGAUUUCCCAGAGAAGUUCGGACAACUUCCGGAAGAAAUACGAGAUUAUGAAGAUGAAUGGAAGAAGUGGUACGAUUCGGAUACACCAGAAUCUGAAGAAUUUCCGUGUGAUUAUAGAACGCGAGUGACACCGUUCGAAAAGUUAAUGUUGUUACGCUGUUUUCGAAUCGAUCGCGUAUAUCGUGGUGUUAUCAAUUACAUUAUCGAAAUCAUGGGCAAGCAAUACAUUAAGCCGCCUUACGUGAGCUUCGACGUGAUUUUCGAGGAAAGUACACCGACCAUGCCAGUAGUUUUCAUUUUAAGCCCGGGUUCGGAUCCCACUUCAGAACUGAUGAAGUUGGCUGAUCGAUACGGUUACGGAGGAAUGUUUAAAUAUCUUUCGCUCGGUCAGAGCCAAGAAAAACUCGCAAUGGAAUUAUUGGGAAUGGCAACAAUAAGAGGUCAAUGGCUGAUGCUCCAGAAUUGCCAUUUACUGCUGUCCUUCACGAAGAAUUUAGAAAAGAUCGUGGAGAAUAUAGAGAAGCCUCAUCCCGAUUUUCGCUUGUGGCUCACUACGGAACCCAUCCUUAAUUUUCCAAUCGGAAUACUUCAACAAUCUUUAAAAGUGGUGACGGAACCGCCGAGUGGAUUGAAGCUAAACUUGCAAAACACGUACUUUAAUAUGCGGCCGCAGGUCUUGGAAAGUUGUUCUCAUCCUCUUUACAAGCAUUUAAUUUACGUUCUAGCAUUUUAUCACGCAGUUAUCCAGGAGAGAAGAAAGUACGGUAAAAUUGGAUGGAAUUUAAAAUAUGACUUCAACGAGUCAGAUUUUAAUGUGUGCAUUACCAUCUUAGACACUUAUUUGACGAAGGCAAUGGCGACGAAGGAGUCUGAAGUACCGUGGAAUAGCCUCAAAUAUUUAAUUGGCGAAGUAAUGUACGGCGGAAGAGUGAUGGACAGUUACGAUCGUCGCAUUUCUUACACUUACAUGGACGAGUAUUUCGGCGAUUUUCUCUUUAACGAGUACCAACCGUUUCACUUUUACAAGGACAAUAUUGUCGACUAUGUGAUUCCGCCAGAAGGAAAUCGCGACGAUUAUUUACAAUUUAUUGAAGAACUUUCGAUGGUGGAUGGUCCCGAAAUAUUUGGGCUGCAUUCAAACGCCGAGAUUGGAUUCUUUACGCAGGCAGUUAAAGGAAUGUGGAAGCAUCUCAUAGAACUUCAACCGCAAACUGCCGUGAGCGACAUCGGUAUCAGCAAAGAUGAAUUCAUCGAUAACAUAGCGAAGGAAAUCUUGACCAAGAUACCCAUGCCAUAUGAUAUUAGUAAGGUCAAGAGAAAUUUUGGCGUUGCCGUGACACCGACUGCGAUCGUUCUAUUUCAGGAACUGGAAAGAUUCAACAAGUUAAUAGAAACGAUUACGAGAACAUUAAAUCAAUUGAGAAAGGCCAUCGCUGGCGAGAUUGGAAUGGACGCUGUGCUAGAGAAUAUUUCCAUAGCUCUCUAUAACGGUAUGCUACCUAAGGAAUGGGCCAAAUUGGCGCCAGACACGCGAAAGAACCUCGCCGGUUGGAUGGAUCAUUUUCAGCAGAGGAUAAACCAAUACACAAAUUGGUCCGGCGCGAAUGAACCCGUAGUACUGUGGUUGUCUGGAUUGCACGUUCCAGAAACUUAUCUGGCGGCUCUGGUGCAAAUGACUUGCCGCAAGAACAAUUGGCCCCUCGAUCAUUCCGUUAUUUACACGACGGUAUCCAAGUUUUUCAAGCCUGAUGACGUAGAAGAAAGACCCGAUGAGGGCUGUUACGUGUACGGAUUGUAUCUGGAAGGCGCUAGGUGGGACAUCGAAGAGCAUUGUUUAAAAAGAUCGCAUCCAAAAGUUCUGUUUGAAGCGCUGCCAAUAUUAACCAUAAUACCUGCUGAAGUUCAUAGAUUGAAGUUACAGAAUACUUUUAAAACUCCAGUAUAUAUUACGUCGAAUCGACGAAAUGCUCUCGGUGCUGGUUUAGUUUUUGAGGCAAAUUUGGCGACUUCAAAACAUAUUUCUUAUUGGAUACUUCAGGGUGUUUGUCUAGUGUUAAAUACAGAUUAA